CUCAUUUUCUACAACCUCAUCUUCGAUGGUGCUGACCCCACUAUACAAGAAAUGCUGUCGACAACCAUAAUCUUCAGCCCCAUCUCUAAUCACUUUCCAAGAUUUCACUUUUACUCUCCGAUCCCUAAUAAUUCUCAGCCGAGGCUCAAUCUCUUCGCUCAGCCCAUUAAAGAAAUGUCUUUUCUUGGCGGGUUAAGCUCCAAAAUCAGCGCCAUCGGCGGCGGUGGCGGUGGCUCCGGCGUCGAAGGCGGCGAUGAGUUUCAGACGCUGGCGGAGUUUCUAGGAAAAGGGGGCCAAAAUGUGGGCGAUGAGUUGUUGGUCUUGUACAGUCACUUGGAGUAUGCCUGCAAGAAAAUUGCUGCUCUGGUGGCCUCGCCUUUCAACUCGAAUCUCGCUAAGAAUUUCAGUGCUGAAAGUGGCAGUAAUGAGAUCAUACUAUCAUCUCUAAAGAACUCUGGAAAAGUUGCAGUAAUGGCAUCCGAAGAAGACGAUGCCCCAGUUUGGCUUGCUGAUGAUGGCCCGUUUGUGGUUGUUUUAGAUCCUCUCGAUGGCUCUCGAAAUAUCGAUGCCUCUAUUCCAACUGGAACUAUAUUCGGGAUUUACAGACGUCUUUACGAGCUCGAUCAUCUGCCGAAAGAGGAAAAAGCGGCACUUAAUUCUCUACAGAGUGGGACAAAGCUUGUUGCCUCUGCCUAUGUCCUUUAUUCAUCAGCUACGAUUCUUUGUACGAGUUUUGGUUCGGGAACUCAUGCGUUCACACUCGAUCGGUCAACGGGAGACUUUGUUCUCACGCAUCCAAACAUUAAAAUUCCUCCUCGAGGGCAAAUAUACUCGGUAAAUGACGCGCGAUAUUUUGACUGGCCUGAAGGCUUGAGGCAAUACAUAGAUACCGUUAGACAAGGCAAAGGCAAAUACCCUAAAAAGUACUCUGCUCGGUACAUAUGCUCCCUUGUGGCCGAUUUCCACCGAACCUUAUUGUACGGUGGGAUUGCAAUGAAUCCAAGGGACCAUCUUCGUCUUGUUUAUGAGGCUAAUCCACUCAGUUUCUUGGCUGAGCAAGCUGGAGGAAAAGGGUCAGAUGGUAAAGUUAGGAUUUUGAACCUUCAGCCGGUUAAGUUGCAUCAAAGGCUGCCAUUGUUUUUGGGGAGUUCUGAAGAUAUUGAGGAGUUAGAGAGUUAUGGUGAUGUUCAACAAAAAGUCAACCCUGGAUAUGACGUUUGAAUUAAAUGAAAUGUAGCAAAUGUGUGUUGAUUUGGUUUUUUGUUGGUAUCUUUGAUCGUGUUCGAAGUUGUAAUUGAAGUAGUUUGCUUGCUAACCGAAGCUCUCGAGUCAUGUUGGUCGGGUUUGUAAUAUAUUUGGUUGAAAUGUAUGAGCGAAAGAUAUGUGAAUUUUUGUUUGUUGUGCAUUUGCAGUAAGGCUGCAAACAAUUCGAACUUUUUUUUUUAUUCAAAUUCGGUAUUCGAUUUGAUUAUACAGAUUCAAAAAGAAAAUGUGAAUAUCGAAGUAGACUAGUUAUCAGAACUCGACUGGUUGCUACAUGCUUAGCCUUCUGUAGUUUAUCAUCUUGUAUGAACAAAUGGUUUUCCAGUUGAGCCGGGACUAAAGUUCACACAAGCAGCUAACAUA